AUGGCUCCUUCCAACACCGCCCUCUCUCAGGACGCGCCGGCCAGGCGCCGCGGCCAGACUGCCGAGGCUGAUGAGCCAGCACCCGAUCGCAACACACCACCACGCCAGCAAGAUGAUGCGUUCACCAUGGCGCAGCUUUGGAGUGGCGCCGGCUUCAUCGCGCAGGCCGCCGUCGUUACCUUCGCCCUAUCCCUCUCCGGGCGGGUACUCUCACAACCCCUGAGCCUCUUCUCCUGGCACCCGCUUUCCCAAGUCUUCGGCCUGUUCCUGCUCGUACAGUCCAUCCUGGUGCUGCAGCCCACCCGCACCGCCGCCCAGCGGCGCGUCGGCCAGUGCGUCCACGCGUGGCUCAACGCGGCCUCGCUCGUCGCCUUCGCAGCCGGCUUUACCGCCGUGUACGCCAACAAGCAGCGCAACGGUGCGCCGCACUUUGCGAGCAACCACGGCGCGCUCGGCGCGACGCUGACCACGCUCCUGGGCGGCCAGUACCUGGUCGGCUUCGCGAUGUGGGUGGUGCCGGCGCUGCGAGGGCGGGUGUGGCGGUUGCAUCGGGCGGCCGGGUAUGUCAGCUUGCUGCUGCUGCUGGCGACGUUUUGCACGGCGGCGGACACGGGGUUCGUGCGCAACGUGCUGAGGAUCGAGGCGUGGGUGUUUUACGCGCCGAUGGCGCUUGUCGCGGUUGGGGUCCUGCCGCGCAUUCAACUGUCGAAGCUGGGAUUUAAGAAAAGGAAGGUGUAA